CGUGACAAAUGUUGUAAAUUCAAGGAAAUAUUUAGUUUUUCAUUAGCUGAUUAGUUUUCUGGAAUAAUUUGCUUGUGGUCUUUAGUUUGCAAUGAAAAUAUUUCAAAGACAGAUAUAUAAAUACAUCAUGGAGUAAUUAAAGACUUAUUAAUAAUCUUUAUCAAAGAAUUUCGCAAAAAUGGUGAAUUCUUCUCUCACUUACGAGAUUUUAAUGUACUUAAAUAGUUUUUAUUUCGGAAUGUUUGCAACCUGUGAAAUAGGCAUGCAAACAUUAAAAUUUGUUCAUUUGGUUUAUAAAAACGACGAUUUAAUCCAAGAAGCUAUUGUGCUAUUGGCAUUAUGCCUUUUAGAGUCAAUUCGUAUACAUCUGGGACGUAAAGGCAGCUUAUCUGAUCACGGGUAUCAUGUAUGGUUGAGCGCAAUUUUGACAAUACCCGUCUCGAUGGGCGUACUAUAUCUUCUUUUCCUCCAAACCCAUGUUCUAUCACUCGAGUAUAUCCUAUGUGCCUUGAUGCUAUUGCUCCAAAUAACUGAACUAGCAUUUGCUAUUUUAUUCUUAUUCAGUCUUUGCAAACAGCCGACAUAUGAUUAAAAGUCAAAGAAGCAUCAAAAUCUACCAAACAUUUAUCAACAAUUUUGGACCAUCCCAACAAUUUACUAGUCAACAAAUAAUUAAAUACCAAAGAAAAAUACUCGAUUGAUAUAUAAGCUUUAAAUAUGCAAUACUAUUAGAUAAUAUUUCGAUUUGGUAAACAUUUUCUUACAAUUCUCUCUCCUUUCAAAAAAUCUCAGAAUGAUUCUGAGUUUUGUGAAGCUCGAGCUGAUCUUUUUAAAUUUAAAACAUGAACUUUAUCAAUUCUCACAUAAAAAAACUAUUCGAGUGAUCUACUUUAAUUAACAAUUUGCACUGUUUUUGUUUUUGUGUUUUGUUUCAUAAAUUUAGUUUGAAUUGAAGUGAUAAAAUUUUGAUUGAAUAAAAUUUCCUCAACUGUUUUUUUAAGUAAUUAUUCUUAAUUUGUUUCUUUUACAGAAUGCUUAAAAGAGUUUAAUUGUAAUAAAAGCGAGUUGGGGAAAUUUUAUUGUGAUCGUUAAAAUAAUAAAAUUAAUAAAAGGAAACCUUUAUAAACCAACAGAAGAUCUUUUAGACAUUUAAACGUUGUUUCAGUAGCUCAUGUUUUCUUCUUAAUGUUCUCAGUCGAUGAGAUGAAUAAACUCGAAUGAAUAUAGCUAGAAAUACUAUUACAAUACCAAAGAUACCUAACGGAGAAAUUUCAUGUUGAUAAAUGAUGCAAGAUAGGAGAAUCGCCAAAGCUUGUCUUAAUGUCAUGAUGAUAGUAAAAAUAACAGCUCCAAAUUUGGAAAUGGUAAAGAAAAUAAAAAGUUGACCCACUGUUGAACUUAUUGAUAAAAGAACGCAAUCGAGGAGAAACGAUGGAUGAUUUGCAGAAAAUUCAAAACCUUCUCUAAAUCCACCUUGAACAAAUAAUGAUGAAGCAGUGAAGAGAGCGCUAAAGAGAUUAACACCACACAUCAUUUGAAUGCUUGUUAUUCCAUAAGAUUUGAAUAAGUCACUUUGCCAGUUCGAUGUAAAGCUAUCGAAAACCAAAUACAAACAAAGCAGGAAGAGGCCAGUAAGUG